GGAAGCAAGUUAUUAUUUUUUUUUCUUCUUCAAAAUCUAUAUUACAAAGCAUACAUUAAUUGAGUGUAAUAGGUUUGGAAAUACAAUAUACAAACAUUUGCACACUGGGUUGUGGAAAUAGAUUAGACAGUGAGAAAUUUCUUCGUUUAUUUAUUUAUUUAUUUAUUUAUUCCCAUGAAGUAUAUUGUCUGCUUUUGUAUUACUGCUUCUGUAGUGUACUGUGAAUAAAGUAAAUAUUAGCAAAAUAUGUGAGAAAGACCUGAAUGAACACUUUAGAUGUCAGAUCUGUUUGUAUGGCAGGGUUUAUUAUUCAAUUUAAAAUGUUUAUCAGAGUUAUUAAAAUGGUAUUCAAGGUAAAUAUUUUCUGUAUGCUGUCAUAUUUACACAAUUCUGUAGCGUUUUCGUUUUGUUUGUUUGUUUGUUUGUUUGUUUAAGCAGUGAAUGAUGUAAAUGAUAUUUUGGAUCCAUGAUUCAUCAGCUGAUUCAUUUCUGUCAUUUUUAAUAAGAAAUUAGUAAGUAAUCUUUUAGGAACUUUAUGAAUGCUUUCAAACCUGUGUAUACAUUUUGUACGCAUUAACAGUGUUUAAUUUGAUUAAACUUUUAGUUUAACCGAAUCAAACACUGAUACACUAAGUGUUUCCACUACAAAUACGAUUACAAACCAUCAGCUAACCAUUAAAUCCAUUACCAUUACCUUUAUUGGUCCUUAAUGGUAUCCACUAGACAUAACAUGCCACCAAGAGAAGGCAACAAAUUGACUACUGUUAAAGAGGGACCAUUACAGUUUAAAUUAAAACCAAUACAAUUCCCAUUAUAAGCAUUAAAAACAAAUACUAAGACGGUUUCUAUUGUUUUUUUUUUUCAGCAGGGAAUGCUUCUGACUGGCUUUAUUGUGUGUGUAACAUUUAAGGUGUCAGUGUUAAAUAUGUAAUUUAUGUCAUUUUACUUCUUAUCUGUCCCUUCUUAUAGUGUUUUGUAGAAUCAUUUUUUGCUUAGUUAUUUCGGUUUGCUCUUGCCGCGAGACCGCCGUGUCUACUCAGGUGAUUAAAUAAUGCGCAUGCGCAGUGUGUAGGGCUGUUGGAGAAGGUAUGGGAGAAAGGGGGGGUGCCUCGGGACGAUGGCGACGCGCAUGCGUGGAAAUGAUGGACAAUUUCCAGCGGUGGGGGGGCGUGGUCGCGUUUCGGCGACGUCAUCAUCCUGAGACUGGAGUCCGUGGAAAAGAAUCCAGGAGCGUUUUGUGCUGUGUGCGAGAGAGAGUCUUGUGUUCAGCGCCGUGUUGACCUGCGACGGAUUAUUAUUAUUAUUUUUUUUAUAUAUAAUUUUAUUAUUAUUAUUAAGCUUCACGGCGUUAUUUUAUUAUUAUUAUUUUUUUGUUUGUUUUUUACCUCGUAACGGAUUCUUUUUUUUUUUUUACCCUUUGCAGCCGGGUGGAAUGUGUAUUUGCCGUACACACCUAUGUGGAUGGAUAUAAAUAGGAUAAGCGGUGCGAGUGAGCGAGCGCGACCGGGCUUUAGUCUCCUGUAUUAGCUUACAUGAUUGUGAUUAUCACUAGCAUUACUAGCCCGUGAACGCGUGUUGCCUAGGCUACGAGCCGCGGGGAAAUUUUCGAAGACCGGCGUAUGUGCACCGGAAGGAACCCCAUCUGCUGAGCCACGCGCUGCCCUUGUUUUUUUCCGCCUUAUUAUUUAAGGUAAACAAACUUCAAACAUUAUCCACCAGCAGCACUGACUUUGUAAACACCUCACAGUAAACAAACUUUGUUUAUACAUCUCAAAAAAGCACUUGUUUUUUAAACGAGUACAUCAUCAAAGCAAACAGGACGGGGCUGUAACCCGAAUUGUGGCUUGUUCCCUAUAUAGGUGUCCUACAUUAAUAUCAAUUAAUGGACUUGUGGAGUGCACUAUGGUAUCUAUAGGUAGCCAAUUGUGAUCAGGCUCAGCUAGCGGCUAGCCAGAUACCUUCAUGCUGGCUAAGCUAACGUUAAAAGGAACUGAUAAAGGACAGUCUAUGUGGUUAGCCUAGCUAGCUAGCUUGCUAGCUAGCAUAGUCUAUACAUCUUCCUAGCUGGGACUAGUUUUGCAUUUUGUUUUUGGUGAAACUAAGUCUGCUUUUCUUAUUCUUUUAUAUUCAUCUGUUCUCACAUAAAAAAAAAACCCCAAACAAACUGGAAAGACACUCUCACAAAUAGACAUAGCUUAUUACAAGCUAAUGCUAGCUACAUGGUUCUUGUCUUGUUUUUUGUCUCAAGAAGAAUAUUCCCCCCUCCACAACUUUACUCACUGCAAAGUUGAUGUUCUAUCCAUGUUUAAAUUUCAGCCAAACUUAUAACUAACUCCUAGGUUCAUGUGUUAGCUCCUGGGCUAGUAGUGGCUAGCUAGUAUACACUGCCUGGAGCUAAUGUGUAAACUUGGAGUUAAUUAUAGUGUAUUAAACAGUCAUUAUUGAGGAACAAUGAUGAACACACACUUUUAUAGCUUUGGUCAGGUUACAUUAAGUAUGUAAAGAGCGAGAACACACACUUUGAAUGCGUUGUUGCUGUUUAGCUUAGCUUGGGUGCCUGAUAUUAGUCAGUUAGCUAAAAUAUAUAUCCUAGUUUAGCAUUAAAAUGCUUUCUAAACGCAUGUUUGUUUUGUUUUUUUUUUGGUGUAUGAUAUUUAGGUUGUCUACAUAGCAAGUGCUUUAAUAUAACACACUUUAAGCUGCAUUGUGUGUGUGUGUGUGUGUGUGUGUGUGUGUGAUGCACAUGCUGAUGGACGUUUGAGCUUCUCAGGUCACUCCAUGCUUAAAGCAUCUCACUGACUUUCAGUAAGAGCUUCAUCCCGGUGGAUCCGGAGCGGGAAUACGUCCCGGAUGGGGCUCUGGUCCACGGUCACACACCAUCGUUGACACCUCGGAGCUAUUUAGCAUCGCACGUCUUUUUUGAAGGUCAGGACCCUGAGGGUUUAGCAGUGAGGCUCUCGCCGUGGCCUGACGCUGGAGUCAAUGCCGGGAAGUCGUUGUCCUCCUCAGGCAGCCUAGCGAAGGUUCAGAAAGUAGCAAGCUGGCUUUUGGAAAUGAACCAGGACCUGCUGGUUCCCGAACCCGCGCCGGAGCCAGAACCUGAACCCGGACACAUGAACCGCGAGCGAGAACCUCAGCAACAGAGGGGCGAGCGAGGAGAGGAGGAUGAGGAGGAGGAGGACGAAGAGGAGGAGGAGGAGGAGCGAGAGCGAUCCGGAGAGGCGGAAGAAGCGGAAGAGGAGCCCUGGCCUUCGGGGAGGGAGUCGGUGAGCCGGAACGAGGGAGCGGAAGAAGGCAGGAGAGAGGAGGUGAAUGGCGGAGAGAAAGCCGUCCAGUGGUUGUGGGAGCAGGAGCAGAGGAGACGGCGGCGGAGACGGAGGAACGAUGACGAGGAAGAGGAGGAGAACAACAACCACGGCGAAGGAGAUGGAGGAGAAAGACGGGUACGGACAGGACUGCGCGCCGAGGAAGACGAGGAGGACGGAGAGAGAGAGGAGGAGGAAGAGAUGGACCAGGAGAGCGAUGAGUUUGAAGCGUCGGAGGACAGCGCGAGAGAGGAGGACGAGGAAGCAGAGGAGGAUGAGGAAGGAGAGACGGGACUUCACUCUUCUCCGGUCAAAACCGGAGCGACGAAUCCGAAAGAGAACGCCGACGUCCAAUCAGGACGACAGAACCAAAGCUCAUCUUCAUCUCAGCACACGCAUCCUCAGAGCUCGGGACUGCAGUAUCGAAGACAACAACGCUGCAGUGUGAAAGUUCAUACGGAGAAUCCUCCACUUCCAGUUUAAUCUCCUGCGGCCAACCUCUGAAAUAAACGGCGAGGAAGACGGUCAGUGAUUAUAGAUUGCGAAAUAAGAGAGGAAUGGAAAUGUACACGAGAGAGCUGAAGGCACCUCGCUGGAAGUCGGGGAACACGAGCGAGUUUAUGAAGUGUUUCUGCUCUUAGAAGAUCCGAGCGAGAUUCCACAGCGAUUCACUUCGCCUUUUUAUUACCUCAGUGAGAAGACAAACUGCUCCACGGUCGCCGCUGCUGCGCGCGGAGCCGUUAUGAAUAGAGCGUUCCGGCUUAUUCAGGCACGUAGACGCUGCAGGGACUGACGGGAAGAU